AUGAUCCAACAACCCCGGCCUAGGGGUCCGCCUACGCCCAGCAUGAGCACGCCGGCUCCGGAUUUCGACCAGCAAGUUACGGGCUCUCCGCCGCCACCUCCUACGCCAGCGGCCUCGCCGGGACCUACGGAUACGCAACCCGACUGGAGUGACGCCGCCGACGACGAAGACUUUUUUCUCUCGCAAAUGCGCCAUCACUUCAAGGCCUGCUCGGGGCCGCAAAGAACGCGGGUUCUUGCCGACUUAUUAAAUAUGUGCACGACCCAACAGCUCAGUUUUGUACAUCAAUUCGUGAGCCCUCUACUGAAGAAGGACCCUUUCACCAGCCUACCCGACGAGUUGUGCUUGAGAAUAUUAUCAUUCAUAGAUGAUCCGCAAGUACUCGCGCGAGCAUCACAGGUAUCCAGGAGGUGGAGGGAUCUUUUAAGCGACGAUGUGACAUGGAAGAAUCUCUGUGUUAAGCACGAUUACGGCCGUCGCCUCUCUGAAGUCUCGCAUGGAGUUCCGCCGUUCGCGGCAACUAGGCCUGGGAUAUUACCUCUGUCCGAUCCCGAGUACACUCACAGCUUUCCCGGUGCUAUUCCUGGCCCCUCGACGUUUCAUUCUUCGACUCGUAGCUUCGACAGCUCUUCGGAGAGCUCUUCGGUUACCGGGCGCCCUAAGCUUAGGUCGUACAAAUCGCACUUCAAACAGAGAUAUCUUGUCGAGUCCGCCUGGAGAACUGGUGGGCGUAAUACCACGCGGACUAUUACCCAAGAUAAUAGAGUUGUGACUAGCCUCCAUUUAACCCCGCAAUAUAUCGUGGUUGCCCUUGAUAAUGCGAGGAUCCAUAUCUUCGAUCGGGAAGGCAAUGCCCUUCGUACCCUUCAGGGUCAUAUUAUGGGCGUUUGGGCUAUGGUACCGUGGGAAGACAUCCUGGUCAGUGGUGGGUGCGAUCGCGACGUACGGGUCUGGGAUAUGACAUCUGGGAGGUGUCUCUAUACUUUACGCGGUCACACUUCCACGGUCCGUUGCCUUAAGAUGUCGGAUGCGAACACGGCCAUCUCAGGCUCGCGCGAUACUACCUUGAGAGUUUGGGAUAUUAGACAAGGAGUUUGCAAGAACGUCCUGGUCGGGCAUCAAGCUAGUGUGAGAUGUCUGGAGAUAAAAGGCGACAUAGUCGUCUCCGGUAGCUACGACGCGACGGCCAAGAUAUGGAGCAUAUCUGAAGGCAGGUGUCUGCAUACACUUUCUGGCCACUUUAGCCAGAUAUAUGCCAUCGCGUUUGAUGGUCACAGAGUUGUUACCGGAAGUCUCGAUACCAGCGUGCGUGUCUGGGACGCUCACACGGGGGAUGCCAUCGCAGUUCUCCAAGGCCAUACUUCUCUCGUUGGCCAGCUCCAGCUACGGGGUAAUACACUAGUCACAGGAGGCUCGGAUGGUUCCGUCAGGGUUUGGUCUCUGGAAAGGAUGUGCCCUAUUCACCGACUGGCAGCGCAUGACAACAGUGUCACCAGCCUCCAAUUUGACGACACGCGCGUCGUAAGUGGUGGUAGCGAUGGCAGGGUCAAAGUCUGGGACGUAAAAACGGGCCACCUCGUACGGGAGCUUAUUACGGCCGAAUCAGUCUGGAGAGUGGUAUUUGAGGACGAAAAGUGCAUCGCGGUUGCGAACAGGGGAAGUAGAGUUAUGAUGGAGGUCUGGUCAUUCUCGCCUCCGGAAGACGCCUUCUGCGAAAGACCGCUUUCUUUGCCUCAGAAGCUCGCCGAGCCUUCACCUACCCGACCUUUGACGGGCGAUUUCCGUCGCUCCAACCUAGGUCUACCCUCGGAUGACGGUUCUGGUAGAAGCGACGUGGAUAUGGUCGAUGCCGGACCAUCCACCGCUCCUCUUGUUGGGAACACAACUUUUUUCCACGACGAUUAG